CGGUGCGGGGAGGCGGGGCGAGGCAGCCUUCGAGCCUGCCCGACUCUGUUCCAGUGCUGGCUGGGUGGGCCGCGGCGGGAGGCGCAGCAUGGGCGACGCGGACGGGCUGCGGCAGCGACGUCCUCUGCAGCCGCAGGUCGUCGCGGACGAUGGCCAGACCCCGGAGGUCAAGGACGGGAGCUCCUUUAGCAGCAGAGUUUUCCAAGUGACCUUCUUGAUGCUGGCUGUCUCCCUCGUUGUUCCUCUGCUUGGAGCCAUCAUGCUGCUGGAUUCUCCCAUAGAUCCACAGCCUCUCAGCCUCAAAGAACCCCCUCUCAUGCUUGGUGUUCUGCAACCAAAUACAAAGUUACGACAGGCGGAGAGGCUAUUUGAAAAUCAACUUGUUGGGCCAGAAUCAAUAGCAAAUAUUGGGGAUGUGAUGUUUACUGGUACAGCAGAUGGCCGGAUCAUAAAAUUUGAAAGUGGUGAAGUAGAGACCAUCGCCCGGUUUGGGUCAGGCCCAUGCAAAACCCAAGAUGAUGAGCCUGCUUGUGGGAGACCCCUGGGCAUCCGGGCAGGGCCGAAUGGGACCCUUUUUGUGGCUGAUGCAUACAAGGGACUAUUUGAAGUAAAUCCCUGGAAACGUGAAGUGAAACUGUUGCUGUCCUCCGACACACCCAUUGAGGGGAGGAAAAUGUCCUUUGUGAAUGAUCUUACAAUAACUCGUGAUGGGAGGAAGAUUUAUUUUACGGAUUCUAGCAGCAAAUGGCAAAGACGAGAUUAUAUGCUUCUGUUUAUGGAGGGAACAGAUGAUGGGCGCCUACUAGAGUAUGAUACCGAGACCAAGGAAGUGAAGGUUUUACUGGACCAGUUGCGGUUCCCUAACGGAGUGCAGCUUUCUCCUGCAGAGGACUUCAUCCUGGUGGCAGAGACAACCAUGGCAAGGAUAAGAAGAUUCUACGUGUCUGGCCUGAUGAAGGGAGGAGCCGACCUGUUUGUGGAGAACCUGCCUGGAUUCCCAGACAACAUCCGGCCCAGCAGCUCCGGGGGGUACUGGGUCGGCAUGGCAGUUAUUCGCCCCAACCCUGGGUUUUCAAUGUUGGAUUUCUUAUCCGAGAGACCUUAUAUUAAAAGAAUGAUUUUUAAGCUGUUCAGUCAGGAGACAGUGAUGAAGUUUGUGCCACGGUAUAGCCUUGUCCUAGAACUCAGCGACAGUGGGGCCUUCCGGAGAAGCCUGCACGAUCCUAACGGGCAGGUGGCCACCUACAUCAGUGAAGCGCACGAGCAUGAUGGGCACCUGUACCUUGGCUCCUUCAGGGCCCCCUUCCUCUGCAGACUCAGCCUUCAGUCUGCUUAACAAUCAUGCCUGUUCGAGGACUUGCCACACUUGGGCACCAUACCUGGUCUAUGGGCGCCGUGGACACAGCCCUUCCCACCUGCCCUGCUGACCCUUGGAAGUGUGAUAUGACCCUGCAGGCAUGCAGGUCCCUGUGGGACAGCCCUCACUUGGGUUUGACUUUGCAUUUAGAGAGAAGCAUCAUAACAUCUGCUAUUGAGAAGAUAAGUUCAUGUAAAGCCAUUUUCUCUUAAAAAAUUCUCUCUUAAGUACAGUAAUUUUCUAGGAGACAUCAUGCAUUUUCAGCAAGCCUCAGGGUUUGGUGGAUAGAGCAGUAGAUGAGCUGUCCAGGGGUCUUGUUUUAGCUACUGGCUCUGUCCUGCCAGCCUCAGUGUCUUUAUUAUAAAACAGGGUAAUGCCUGUCUUGGGAGGGGCAGAGGAAGGGCAAGGAUUGCUCAGUGCAGAAGUGCACAGAGGCCAGCAGGUGGAACUGUGCAAGCACAGAUGUUAGCUCUGCGUUCUCCAGAACUGUGCAGGCCCUUGGUCCCUGGGCUUUACCUUCCAUCGCUCCCACCCUCCAGCCUACUCCAGCUUGUACCAGGGGUGUUUUAGGACUCCUGAGUCCCGUCAGCCAUGUAAAGACAAGGACCUGAGGAAGUGCAUAGGAAAAGCAUGUUAAUUCCAACAGUUCAGAGAGGACUCCCUGGGUUUCUCUCUGUGAACAACCUACCAUACAAAUUGAAUGACCCAGCAACUGGGUGAAUUUAGGGCAGCCCUGUUUACACACCUUUGUUUCUCACCUCUAGACUCACAGAAGUGAAUAGUGCACAUGUUAAUGUCAUAUUUGCUCAAGUGUCACAAGUCCAAAAUUGCUGUAUGUCUAUACACUGGUUAUAAUUUUAUCAGGGAGAUCCAUGUAAUAAUGAUAAUUAAAUGAGCUUUUAUGCUGAUUAGCCUUUUUUGAUGGUGUUGCCUAGGAGUUUCUUCUCUACUUUAAAUAUAAUUAUUUUAACAGUGACUGAAAUUUUAUUCCAUCCAUCCGGUGUUGAUAAGAGGAUUGUUUUGGCUAGGAUCUUGUUUUCGGGACAAGCAGUCCAUCCAGUUUCUCAAGACCUCUAACAAGGCAUCAGCUGGCCUCAGGUCACUGCUUCCGCUUGUGCCUCCCAAUGUUGAUUCAUUCUUGGGCAAGUUGAUAUUACACUGCUCUCCUGUUUCCUGUCCUGCAAAAUGGGAUUAAUAUCUGUUCCUUUUCUGUUCUGGAUGAACAAUUUCUGCCUGUGGGAUAGUUUUUUAAGAACUUGACAAAGACAAUAUUUUCAAUAGGUAAUGAUACUAACAUCCAAAGAGGACUGAGAGCUGUGGUAAAACCUGAACCUUGUGUCUUGUCUCAUUGGCUGGCCUUCAGUCGCUUUGCUGCUUUUCCUAACAGUAGGCCCCCAACUCCAUGCUCUGGUCUGGCCUCAUUUUAGGGGAAGGAAGUUGGGAGUCUAGUGGUCAGCUCAUCUCAUGUCACUCUCCUCAGGCUGGCUUUAUGUGCAGCAACAGCAGGCAGAGUCAAAGACUGGCUUUAGUCUAGUUGAUACAACCCAUAUUAUCUAAGAUGAAUGACUUAAUAUUAUUUACAUAACUUCAUAGGAAAUAAAAUUGAAUAAAAUUAAAUAUUUUUAAUAGAUAAUGGUAUAUCCCAUGUAUCAAGUAUACAAGAAUAAUAGGGUAAAACCCAAUCAUUCUGCCACAAAAACCAAUUUAAAUGUGCUAGGUGUAAAUAGGUCAACUUCUUGAUCAAGAACAGGGGACUUUGCUUUUAGUGCUUAAUUUUUACUGUUACAAAGAAACUGAUAAAUUGCUUUUCAUAGUUUUCAGCAAAGGAGUCUUGAUUUGACUCGGAUGUCCCAAACUGUCAUUUCCUGUUUUUUAUUUGAUAAUUUGGUAAUAGUGAGGUGCAAAAUACAGCCUUAUUAGGUUUAAAUAUGAUGUGCUUUUGUUAUAAACAAAACAUUUGCUCUAAUGUGAAUUACUAACAUGGUUUUACAAUUAAAUUAAGUGGUUCAUUCA